UUGACGUGGAUCAUUCCAAUCCAGGGAAUGAAAAAGUAAAAGCAGCACUUGGUUUGAUCCCACCAUAUAUAUCUUCUCAUCACCACGCUUAUAAAUGCACCGCUUGGACAAACACCUUCAUCACACAAAUCCAAAAACAUCGACACCAAUUCUUCACCUCUUAAUCAAAAAAUGUGUUCUGAAAAUGGAGAUUUCUCUGUGAGUGUGACGAACGAAGAGGUGGUGGCAGCAGUGUUACCAGUGCAAGAACAUUGGCUUCCACUGUCGAACCUUGACCUGCUUCUACCUCCAUUGGAUGUAGGAGUAUUCUUUUGCUACAAGAACCCUAUUAUCACAUCCACAACCAUGGAAGACUGUGCCACCAACAAAAUGACCUUUGGAACCAUGGUGGGGUCUUUGAAGAAGGCCUUGGCACAAACCCUAAUCUCUUAUUAUGUGUUUGCAGGUGAAGUCGUGCUCAACAGCAUGGGUGAACCUGAAGUUCUCUGUAACAAUCGUGGUGUUGAUUUUGUUGAAGCUGAGGCAGAUGUUGAACUUAAGAACCUCAACUUUUACAAUCCAGACCAAUCUAUUGAAGGCAAGUUUGUUCCAAAGAAGAAGAAUGGUGUGCUUGUUGUACAGGCAACAUCACUAAAGUGCGGUGGAAUAGUUGUAGCAUGUUCAUUUGAUCAUCGCAUUGCAGAUGGGUAUUCAGCAAACAUGUUUCUGACUUCAUGGGCCGAUACGGCCCAUCCCACCAAGCCCACAACUGUGAGCCCAUGUUUCCGUCGGUCCCUCCUCACUCCUCGUCGUCCAUGUUCUGUUCCUCCUUCCCUUCACCAAAUGUACACCCCUAAUUCGAAGUUUACCCCACCUCAAACCGCAACCGCCCCUCUCUUGAGUCGCAUAUACUACGUAACUUCUGAGAAACUUCACAGCAUGCAAGCCCUUGCGAGUAGCAAUGGUGGAAAACGUACGAAGCUUGAGUGCUUUUGUGCGUUGUUGUGGAAAAUGGUUGCACGUGCGGCUUCAAGAGAGGGAAGGGGCAAAAGGAUGGCGAAAGUGGGAGUCGUGGUUGAUGGAAGGAGAAGACUGUGGAAAAGUGAGAAAGUGAAGGAAGCGUUGAUAGGGAAUUACUUCGGGAACGUGCUUUCGAUACCCUUUGGAGAGAAGGUGGUGGAGGAGUUGAUGGAGAAGCCGUUAGGGUUUGUGGCUGACGCGGUUCACGAGUUCUUGGCGGAGGCGACGACGGAGGAGCAUUUCUUGGGGCUGGUUGAUUGGGUGGAGGGUCAUAGACCAGAGGGAGGGUUGGCAAGGAUUUACGGAGAUGGAAGUGAAGGAGGGAGCUUUGUGGUGUCUUGUGGGCAAAGGUUUUUGGAGGGGAAGAUGGAUUUUGGGUGGGGGAAGCUUGUGUUUGGGUCAUUCCAUUUUCCCUGGGGUGGUGCAGCUGGUUAUGUGAUGCCAAUGAAGAGCCCUCUAGGGAAUGGUGAUUGGGUUGUGUACAUGCAUCUUACGAAGGAGCAAUUGGAAGUCAUAGAAUGUGAGGCUGGUGAUGUUUUUAGACCCAUGACAUGGGAUUACCUUUGUUAGAAAAUAAAUAAUAUUAUGAGAUUAUUGAGAAAAUAUAUUGUUAUAAUUGAUUUGUAAUAAUAAUGUUACAUUAUUAUAAAAUAUU